CAAUGCAUCAUCGCUGCAAAGCCAGCUCUGCCAUGUUUGGACUCCGGUCGUAGAUGGGAGUCGUUGUUGCAUACUAGAUACCGUUUCUAUAAUAGUCUAUCUAUUGAAUCACCACGAUGGCGGAAAACUAAAGAUUAAAUGCUCUGUCUAGUUUUAUAGUCAUACUGUAAGCGGGAGCGUCUUGCAUCAUGUCAGCCAACGCUCAGGAUAAUGACUUUGAUGAAUAUGACAAACCCGGUGCUGAGCGGUCACGCAGGAGGAGAGGUGAAGAUGAUCUAGAGAGUGAUUUGGAAGAAGAUUUGUUGGACGAUGAUUGGCUGUCAGGCAAAAAGAAUUCCUCUGAGGUAUCUGAUGAGGAGCUCAAUGAUGAUCUUCUGCAAAGUGAUGAAGAGGAUAUUAAUAUGAGUGGUCAGGAUGUGAGCCUCAAUGCCACAUACAGCUUAGGUACAUCCUAUGGCCAGCAGGACAACUCGCAGGAAGCAGACUACACAGAUGAUGUCGUGAACCUGGGUGCAGAGGGCUACGAGGGAGGGGAUGUAGGGGAGGAGGGGGACUACCAGCAAGAGGGGGAGGAGACGUACACGGAGGACUACAGCCAGGUUGAUAACUCGGAGAUGCAAGAGGACCAAAUGGAUUACACUGGAGAGCAAGCUGAGACCGAUGACGGCUACCAGGAUGAAGUGCUAGACAUUGAAAUCAAUGAGCCCUUAGAUGGUGAAUUUCAAGAUGAUGAAUAUCAAACCUCCUAUGAUGAGCCUCUGGAUGAACAUGGAGUCCAACAGGAAGCAGCCCCUGCGGAGGAGGAAGAGGUAGGGGAAGGAGAGCAGCAGGAAGAGGAGGAUGAAGAUACAGCCAGGGGCUCUGAGGUCCCUGACACAGAGGAGGUUGAAAAUGAAGCUUUCCCUGAGGCUGAAGCAAAAGAGGAUGAAGAUGAGGAUGAGGAGGACGAGGAAGAUGAAGAGUCUGGUCGCAUACGAUUUAAAUCAGAGAGAAAAGAUGGCGCAGUUGCACGGCUGGCUGAUGUAGGCAGCAACAGGAGGAAUAUUCCAGAAACUCUAGAACUGUCAGAGAAGGCCAAACAAGAUCUGAUGCAGUUUGAGGAACAAGAACGGCAAAAGAGACAAAACCGUUACGGAGGCCGAGGCAGAGGAGGGCGAGGAGGCAGAGGAAGGGGAGGCUUCCCCCCUUUCGGAAUGGGCGAUUUUAGAGGACAUCGAGGACGAAUGAAUGACCAGCGGCAUCCUCUGAUGGGAAAUAUGGGAAUGCAGCAGCAGUCCUCCCGCAUGCCUCCCUCUCAUCAGCUUCAUCAGCAGCAACUGCACUCCCAGCAGCACCACCCCUCACGUCCAAGAGGACCCCCUCCAUUCCAGGACCACGGACGCCCACUGGCCCAGCAGCCCCUCCAGCCCCUCAUCCCCCCGCACAUGUCUCACCGUUCCCAGCCGCUGCGGCCCCAGAUGGAGCCACCGCCGCGAAUUAUGAGCUCCCCGCCACCCAACUAUCCUCAGCAUCACCAGCAGCAGCCUCCAGCACCCAAAAACAUCCACAUUAACCCCCAUUUCAGAGGGCCAACAGCAUCCUCAGUACAAGUGCCCUUGAUGCCUCCUGCUCAGAGCCAGCCCAGACCUGCUGUGGGUCCUCAGAGAUUCCCCGGACCAGGAGACUUCCAGCAGCACAUGUCGGGUAAUUUUGGCCAGCCUCAGCGGCCCCCUCAUCACAUGGAGCCCUUUAGGAACCAGCCACCUCAAGGCCCCCAAGACAGAGAGCCCCUCUUUAUUGGAGAACGCACAGAGUCAACACGGUUUCCCGGGCAGCACAUGUUUGAUCACCAGGGCCCAAGCCCUCUCAUGAACAACAGCCAUAACCUCCAUCAUCAUCAGCAGCUGCCCGGCCAGGGCCACAUGGGCUUCGGUCCGCCAGGGCCGGCCUUCAACCAACCGAACCAGGGUCCACUCGGACUUUUUUCCAGAGAAGUCCAAAGACCCAACCUCCCUCCCCACCAAGGUCACCAGGGAAUGGUGGGCUUAAAUCAACAAGGAGGCCCCCCCAACCAGCCAAGAUCCUUCAUGGGCCCUCGUCAGCCGUUCGGUCAGCAGGGGAACCUUUUCCCUCCUCCACAAGUCCAGUUUGGGAUGCAGGUACGACUAAGAGGUUUAAUGCACGGGCCGCCUGUCUCCCAGCUUUCGCAUCACGACCCCUUGUCAUCUCAUCAGCCUAUCCACCAGCAACAUCAUCGGCAGGAGCUACACCAUCAGCAGCAGCAGCUAAAUGUCAAUGAGCCUCGCCCCAUGAUGCACCACGGCCAAAAUCCCUUCCACCAACAGCAGGCUCACGGUAGCCCCAGGCAGAUGACUCCACGCCCUCAGAACCCCCAACAGCGAAACAUGUCCAACAGGCAGAGAAUGAACACGCCUGUCUCCAAGCAAAUGCAACAGCGCAAUAGCAACCUACGGGAGCUCCCUGUAGCACCUGGCAACACAAACAUGAACAGUGCCCGCCCUGCCGCCAACGUUAGGCCUGUUGCCAAGGCAACACAGGGGGUGCGUCCUGGGCAGAACACUCAGCCGGUGCCUGGCAUUGGCAGAGGAAGAGGCCAAGUUGCUGCCAAGACUGAAUCCCAGGCUGGAGGAGAUGGUAGGACAGUGGUUCGCAAGGAAAUCCCAACAUCGCAGGCCAGCACAGCACCACAGGACCCAGAUGAAGAUGAGGAGACAAGGCAGUACCGUCUAAAGAUCGAGGAGCAGAAACGUCUCAGAGAGGAGAUCCUGAGAAGAAAGGAGUUGCGACGUCAGAUGCAGGCAGGCGCCAGGAAGAAAGAGCUGCUGGACCGGCUCAAUUCAACUCAGAGUCAAGGCUCAGCUCCUUCGCAGAGUCAACCCUCACAACAAACCCAGCAAAUGCCGCACCCUGUACAACACCAACAGCCACAGCAACAGAACCCUCUACAACCACAGCAGCAGAGACAGUUCCCACCGAGACAACCACAAUCAUUAAAUCAACCAUUAAAGAGUCCUAAUCAAGGCGCCACCAUCCCUCAAAUUGGCGAAGGUCAGACCCAGACACCUCGUCCCAACGUUAAGGCACGCCUGCAGAUGGUGAAAGGUAACACCCAGUUGCCCCAAACCCCUGGUCCCCGUCAAAAUCUUCAACAGCUUCAACAACAGCAAAGGAACAACACUCUGCAGAACGUCAGCAGACCUGGUGCUCAGAUCCAGCCCAAUCAGGCCACCCCAAAGACCAUACCUGUAUCUCCUUCUGUGGGGCCAGGCCAGGCUCAGACUCUGGGACUUAAACCAGGAGCUAAAAGAACUGUGAUGCAGCGGGGCAAGAACCCAGGAAUCGUAGACCAGACGGUGCCGCAGAAAGUCAGAGUUGUCAAACUUUCAGGAGCGACUGGAAAAGGGCCUGUUGCUGCCGACACCCCAGCACAGCAACAAGGCACCUGGCAGACAACACCGCACAAUCAGGCCAUCCAAAGGAAGGUCACUGUGGCAGGACAGCAGCUACAGGGACCAGGCGGCGCACCGCAGGCUGGCCGAGGGGGAACGGGCAACCCACAGCAGAACAGGGUUGUCGUGUCGGGCCGGGGCCGAGGGAGAGGGGUUGGUCAGAUGGGUAGAGGUCGUCCGAUGUCCACCAGACAGAGCCAGCAGAGAGGUGCAGAGGGCGGGCGCUGCACUGUGUCCAUAGAGGGCCUCUCCUCAUCCACAACAGACAUGCAGAUGAGAAGUCUCCUAAGGUCCAUCGGGCCCAUAGAGAUGUUCAAAAUGAUGCCUCAGCAGAGGAAAGCGGUGGCAAAAUUUUCCAACCCUGAACAUGCAGCCAGUUUUCAAAUGAGCUUCCACAGGCACAUGGUUGAUUUGUCCCACAUUGAUGUGUCGCUGAUUGAUGGAUGAGGAGCAGAAGAGAGCCAGGGGAGACCUGUUACAAGAUGUCACUUUCUCCCUGCACGAGAGCCUCUAACCUGGCGUAGGAAUGUUCCUGCAGCCCUCUGGGGGGUCUAACACAGUCAGCAUUUCUGCAGAGAAGCAUCAUUCAUCUUGGAACAGUGAAUAGGAAGACCUCGACUGCUGCCAUGCAACUGUUUUACUUUGUCUACCAAAUGUCCAGUGUUGUACAAAGGCACUGGAGAGGCACUGGACAGUUAAUCAGACUUAAAUGUAAUUUGUUAAGAAUGUUUUGAGCAUUUUACACGGACACUACGUAGAAUUUAAAACAGGAUAAUGGUUGCUUCCCUCUUCAGAUAAACUUGAAUUAAAAGCAACACAAACUUUUCAGAUCCAAUAUGACAACCUCUAUAGAACUUUAUUAGUGGCUUGCUGUUUGAUUUCGAUGCAGGGUAUGUAUGUUUUCAGCCUUUUCACGUAGCAGGGUAUCCCGCCCUCCUGUAGAUGGCAGUAUUUCAUCACUGAUGGUUUCAUUUCUCCCUGUCUAGACAGCUCUCAGGCCAAGCUACCUAGUGGUUUUUGGGUGAAUGGCACUACCUAGUGGAGAACUUGUAUACAGGCAGAGAGAUGGAGGAUUUACAUAUCAGACACAACAGUGACUGUGACAAAACUGGUGCAGGAUUUGUCAGAAAUACGGCUUUCCUUUGGAUUCCCUUUGGUGUUGGGGAUUGUAAAUGUUGUGACUUGUGUGGGUUUUGUGAGGUGCUUUUCAGUUUCAGUGCUGCUUCAGGGAAAGAUUGUUCGGAUUACCUCUUGUUCAGCUCAAACAUUUUGAUCUGGCAUUGCUCCUUCUUGUAAAUAUUCCUUUUAACUGUUACUGUUAACUGUUUCCCUUAUGCCUUUGGGAUGUAUGUUUUAAUUGUGUGUGAUCAUCAAAUAGUAAGAUUCAAUUUGAGCUGAGUGUGCUUCGAGGGCGUGAGUAAUUCAAGUUUAUUUUUGUUUUUAUUUUUUACCUUUGAAUGUGUGCUGUUAAAGUGAUAUUCAUCAUACAGUAUGUUUGGUGGUCUAGAGAGGUUUGCUUUCCCUUCUACUCAUGAUACAUUAUGAACAGUUUUGCUUGAAGAUAUAUGUUAGGUGUCUGUAUCUGGCUGAGUUGUGAGGUGUAUCUGGGAUAGUGCUUGAGCUUGUUUUCAUACUGAGACGAUAAUGUGGAAACAGGAUAGAAAAGAUUUAAAGCAAUACUCCCCUAUAGAUUGAAUUCCCCUCACUGUUACAAAAUCUAAUUUACUAUCUUACUUAAAGAUGCAUGUCAGAUAUGUGAGAAUGUCUGGCAUGCAACCUUUCUUAUGGAGUGCUACCACAUCACUAUGAAACCUCAAAAAACUUAAUUUCCAUUAUGAGCUCUGGCUUAAACUUGAUAUCAUUAUUGAAGCACAUAAAGCAAGUUUGGCCAACUUUAUUCAUCUCCCUCCCAUGACUUUUUUUUGCUCACCACACUUUAUUUUAGUCAAAACAGGGUUUAAAGUGUGUAAGACAAGAAAGUUCUUGCAGAUAUUCAGCUGUCGUUUGCAAAGUUGACCAAUUACUAAAGUUCAGAAGUGAAUAUCGUGUAUAAAUAAGAGGAUACAUAAAUCGCAAUGUGACAGAGGGAUCUGAGGGGGCAACCAUUAUCUGUAAAGGAUCAUGUACAUAAAUAGACCAGGAAUUUUUCCUCAGUAUUUAAUUUUUUUUAGUUAUUCUCUUCUCAAGUUGUAUGGAGUUAAACAUUUUAUAUGUAAGGGUAAGCUGAUGUAUCCAGACAUAGACAUUUUACAAGUGUUUUGUUUCUGAUUUACAUCCAAAAUGAAGAUUGAAUGGACCACAUUUCUGUUUAUACGCAACAAAACAAUUUAAGGGAAAAACAAGAAAAUAAUAAAAACAUGGCCAAUAUACCGUGAGCAUGCAGGUAUGUGAAGCCAGUUCAACUUUAGCACAAAGAUGUGUGGUUGUGUUUGAUGUCCAUGUGUCUGAUGCCAUUACGGUCAGUUAUCUUUAGCUGUGCUGCCCUUAUAUUCAUUUUUAAUUAGCUUAUUCUGUUAGGUCUUGGGUAUUCAAAUUGCAAAAUAACAUAUUGAAUAGAAACAGUUUCAGCAAAUUGUAUGGAAAUCAAUACUACCUCAUAGAAGUAUUUGGGGAUGCCACUGAAUUUUGGUAUUGAAAUAAUUUGUCAUCAAAAAUGGGAAUUUUAACUCCGCACUUUUAUCAUGAUGUCAUACUGAUGUUCAGCUCUCUACAGCCUCUUCAAGUUAGAGUUUAAAUAGAAGGCAAAUUAAACUUUAAAGCACUUUAAAUGACUCAUUUGUGGUCAAAUGAGCUUUUAGGCCAUGUUGAUUUGGAGCCUUAACACUUAAGACAUGUACCCUGUCAGUUAUUAUUUGUAAACUAGCUGUGGAUCUGGAUGACAUCACAGAUUUUUGUUAAAUGAUUUAAUUAUUGAGUUUAUUGUUCACUAGCAUUGGCCUCUGUCAUUUGGGAAUCAAAUUGAUGAAUUUAGUGGUAUUACCCUAUAAUUAUCCCUAACUUAAAAUCUUUCCUAAAAUAA